UCUAAAUAGAUCGUAUUGUAAUCUUUUCUCAGUCCAACGUGGUUUCUUCUGAGAGACUGCUUCACAUUUUCUGCACUUGUUUGGUAAGUUGAAAGCCUUGCCACCAUGCAGAGGACCGUGCACGCGCCUCUGCAGUUUUAUGAGAAGUUGGCCAGAGUGAUGAACUCGGACCAGGAAAGGCCGUUCGUGUGCAACGCUCCUGGCUGUUCUCAGCGAUUCCCCACAGAGGACCAUCUAAUGAUACAUCGACACAAACAUGAGAUGACCCUUAAGUUCCCCUCCAUAAAGAACGACAACAUGUUAUCAGACCAGACACCCACGCCAACACGUUUUUUAAAGAACUGUGAGGAGGUGGGCUUGUUCAGUGACCUGGACUGCUCAAUUGAGCAGGAAUUUUGCAAAGCCCAGGAAGAAGAGGACAGUAAACAGAACAUUUCACUGCAUGGCCAAGCAGGCCAAGGCCAGCACCAGCAGUCCCACUCACGAAUGGGCAAUCAUGAUACCAGCAUAGUGAUCCAGCAGGCCCUGCCCUCUCCUCAGUCCAGCUCUGUCAUAACUCAGGCUCCAUCAACAAAUAGACAGAUAGGGCCCGUCCCCGGCUCGCUGUCCUCACUACUGCACCUACGAAACAGACAGAGGCAGCCUCUGCCAGCCUCCAUGCCUGGAACUCUGCCAGACCCGACCAUGCCCGGCUCCUCUGCUGUGUUGAUGCCUAUGGAGAGACAAAUGUCCAUGGGCUCCAAUAUGAUGGGCAUGCAAAGCCCCGCCCACAGCAGCUCCUGCUCCUCCACUCACAUUCCCUCCAUGCACUCAGAGGCCAAACUGAGGCUAAAGGCUGCACUUUCACACCACCCCGGUGCCAUCGCAAACGGCAACAUGAACUCCAUGGGCCACAUGAUGGAGAUGAUGUCAUCACGGCAGGACCAAGGCGCUCACCAUCACAUGCACUCGCACCCGCACCAGCACCUGCAAGCCCCUCCGCACGCAUACCAGCACCACGGACACCACCACCACAACCAGGGCCACGCUCAGGGUGGACACCAUCACCCGCAGGGACACAAUCCCCAUCACAACUCCCACAACCCCCAUCUUCAUCCUGGGCAUCCACAUCAGACAUCACCACACCCUCCGAUGCACUCUGCUUCACAGAUGUCACCUGCAACCCAGCAGAUGCAGCCCACGCAGACGUUGCAGUCUCCACCACCCAGUGGUGGACGGCGCAGACGAGUAGUGGACGAGGACCCGGAUGAACGUCGGCGAAAGUUUCUGGAGCGAAACAGAGCGGCUGCAACAAGAUGCAGACAGAAGCGAAAAGUUUGGGUGAUGUCAUUAGAGAAGAAGGCAGAGGAGCUCACACAGACCAACAUGCAGCUUCAGAAUGAAGUCACAAUGCUAAAGAACGAGGUGACACAGCUCAAGCAGCUUCUCCUCACACACAAGGACUGUCCCAUCACCACUAUGCAGAAAGAGUCCCAAGGUUACCUCAUGUGCUGGUAUCCAGCUCCCACGCUCGCUGCAGGACUCUUCCUUUGACAUAUGGGUGUUGCACACUCUGGUAGCUGGCUGUCUGAAUCCCUUUUGAGACUUAUUUUUUCCAUCUCACAGCAGCUCUGUGCACAGAAGCAGCCGAGCCUCAACGUGAGAAAGACAUCACAGUCUGCACGUUGACAUCACAGCCCUAAUGGAUGCCUGGGAUCUCACUGAUUUUUGGACUGUGCUUCAGCUCAGCCGUACAUGACAUCAGAGCCCCACCCUUUGAUACGGAUUCGAGUGACAUUUCCAUGUAAUUAGGAUAAGUCACCUCCCUGUGCAGCUUUAGGAAAAUAAGGCUCACGUCCCCCCUUGGCUGAAUGGCUCUUUUGUACAAGAGAAAGCCAACUCCCAGCCUGGGCUGGAAUGACUUUCAUCGAUGAGUCUAACUGGUGUAAAGAUGUCACCUACAAUGUGUCCAAAAUCCAUCAGGCGUAUUUACGGAGUGGAAUGAUUCACGUUUCCAUUUUUGUGUUAUCCAUUAUCGUCUAUUUUGAGAUGGAGGAUGAGACAUUUGGUGUAACCUUAGGUUGUCACAUGUUUGAAAUAAAUGCUCUUCUGCUAAUAAAGAUUUUUUUUGUAAUAUAAUGAGAGAUCCUGUGUUUAUUUUGCUAGAUUUUACCAUUAUGCAUACUUUAUGUAUCCCUGUGUGCAGCUCCUCGGUUCUAUCUUUUGUACUUGCACUCACACAUGCGUGCUUUACGCAUCACUUCUAUCUUCAGUGAUGUCUCUGCUUUCU